AUGUCAUAUAGUCUCGCGGCUGAUUCGUACCUCCCUUCAUCACCUCUCAAAUCCGCCGAUUCCGGAUAUGCACCACUCGAUGCGACAGACUCCAUCGCUAUCUGGCAAGCUUCGCCAUCCGAACCUGUCUCGACUCCGCAGAAAUACUACGAUUUCGAUAUAGAAGAGCUGUCAGAAGACAACGUGGACGAUUCCUGUUAUGCCCAGGUCCUACAUCCGUACGAGCUGGAAGAGGUCGACACUCCUGUCGCGAAUCGAAGUCACGUCAACCAAUUUAUUGAGAUCGACGAAGAAGAUGGUGGACAGGAUACUCCCGAGUCCGGAUCUACUGCUCUUGCUCAUCGUUUGCGUCGUAUACGCUGGCAACCUGCAUCUCGACCUUCCGACUCGAUACGUUCAUCACCUGUCCCAUCCAACCCGCGCAAGCGCGUACGGUCAGAGGCCUUAGAUACCGACACCGACUCGGAUGGUUUCGACAGUUCAUACACACGUUCUGAACCCCCGCGAAUGCGCCGACGUGUUCAUGGGCCUGGAAUCGCACCUGCUAUGGCCACUCCUUCGGCCGUGAGCGAUGCAUCUACCCCUCGGGCAACCACGACUACCCCUACGUCCGACGAAUUGAUGGAUGUCGACGAACAAGCCGCCUAG